CCACAGGAAAUGUAUAAGAGGAACCUGACAGCCAUCACAGAAUUUCUGCUUUUGGGAUUUGAAAACCUUCAUGCCUUUAAAUGUAUUCUGUUUCUGUUGUUUCUAAUCAUUUAUAUUUUUACAUUAGUAGGGAACUUAAUCAUAAUUGCUUUGGUAUUUCUAAGCCAUUAUCUUCAAUCCCCAAUGUAUUUUUUUCUAAGCCAUUUGUCUUUAUCUGACUUAUUGCUCACAACAAAUGCUGUACCAAAUAUGCUACGUGUUAUACUAGAAGAAGGGAGCACCAUGUCUGUCAAUGGCUGCCUAACACAGUUUUACCUUUUAUGUUCCUGCACCAUCGCAGAAUGCUUCCUUCUCAUGGUGAUGUCCUAUGAUCGAUAUCUUGCCAUCUGCAUUCCAUUGCGCUAUUCCUCUAUUAUGAGGCACACACUUUGCCUUAUUCUUGUUCUUCUUUCUUGGACUUUAGGCUCAAUGUUGCCAUUAAUGGCAGUUAUUCCAGUGUUCCAUUUACAUUUUUGUGGUGCCAAUGUAAUUGAUCAUUUUUACUGUGACUUUGCUCCCCUUAUGGAACUCUCUUGUUCAGACACCUCUCUUGUGGAAAGAGAAGUAUUUGUCAGCUCCAUUCCUACAGUGGUAUUUCCGUUCGUUUUUAUUAUUGUGACUUAUGCAUACAUCUUCUUUACAAUCAUGAACAUAUCUUCUACUACUGGAAGAAAGAAGGCAUUCUCUACAUGUAGCUCCCACCUAGCAGUGGUGUCUGCGUAUUAUGGAACAUUAAUCAUUAAGUAUAUGACCCCUUUCAAAGGGCACUCAGUUGCUAUAAAUAAGGCUGUAUCUCUUCUGUACACUGUAUUUACCCCAUUGUUCAAUCCAAUAAUAUAUAGCCUUAGGAACAAAGAAAUUAAAGUAGCGAUACAAAAAAUAUUUUGGUUAAAAACUAAGGUGUUAGAAAUGUGA